AUGGCGUUUAAUAAGAAAUAUGCUGGUCUCCCUGACCUGGACCUGGCCCCCGAUAUCUAUGAAACCCCCGAACUGACGGACGCCUCGACGUUGCCGACUACCACAGUACGCUCAUCUUCGCCCUUUGACGCGGAGCCGUCCUCCAAUCCAGAAAUUGAUGGCCGGCGAUUGCGAGUUGAUGAAGCUCGUUCUCAUUUCGAGCCGGUCCGAGUUGAUGCUAGAGAUGUGGACUUCUCAGAUAGCAUAGCAUCCAAGAGAAAAUCAUACCGGACGAUAAGGGGGCCAGGACGCCAAAAUAGAGUAGAGCUAGUAAUGGGAGAUCUUAGUGACGAAGAAAAUGAAACACUCGAAAGGAAGCUUGCGCGGCUACGACGUGAGACAGAGGAAUUGAAGGAAGAGCUUGCCACCAGGAAAUCCCAGAGAGAUACCACCGAAGACACGGGAGAGGGCGAGGUAGACGAUGGUUGCGACGAAGGGAUUCUAAAGCUCAGCCAGACAUUGGAUACACUCUACACUUCUUCCAAAGGGGCUGGUCCCUCAGCAGAGGCUGCUCUGUCACAUAAGCUCUCUUCAGACAUGCAUGAUGGCCACCGUGUUCAAAAACAGGGUGCCAUAAUGGUCGAUGGAGCCUCCACAUCUCAGCCUGGCCAUAAUGCUUCAAUUCUAUCACAGGCGGCAUCUUUCGAUGCACGGCUUGCAUUACUAGAGGCAGCAUUAGGAUUGAAAAAUACCCCAGUACCCAUAUCACCAGAUGAUCCGUCGGAUAUGGAUAUCCAACCAAUUCUACCAUCUCUCAACCAUCUAUCUUCCCAGCUUUCAACACUCAGCAGCACCCUUACCGCCAAUAAUACCCAGUCAACACAUUCCAAUUCUCAACCUGUCCCCUUAUCCGUAACCACAACCCCACAUAUCGAAGCAUUAAGCAGCAAGAUCCGCAAGCUUACUGCCGACGCAGAAGCACUUACCACUGCCCGCCACCGAGCAACCGAAGCAGCUCGUGCAGCUUUCUCUGCUCGAAUUGCUGCCGCAACGUCCGAUGAACCCCAACCUUUUAUUGACUCGACACUGACCACCUCUGCAGCUGUAGAAUCAGAUGCUGCUGCAAAUGAGCAAGCUGCAAAAAUACAAGCUCUAUACACAACGCUGCCAACCAUUACGUCCCUACACCCGUUGCUCCCCAGUGUAUUGGAGCGGUUGCGUUCUUUGCGCGCUAUACAUGCGGGAGCUGCAACAGCAAGCCAAGAUCUUGAUGCUUUGGAACAACGUCAGGUAGAUAUGACGAAAGAGAUAGAUCAGUGGAGAGAAGGCCUAAAGGCGAUGGAACAGAAGGUAAAGGAGAGUGAGGAGACCAUGAAGGGGAAUAUGGAAGUUAUGGGCCCAUGGGUCAAGGAUUUGGAGAAAAGGCUAGAUGCCCUGGAUCAUUAA